AUGGCCCUUAGCCAAACCAGUGUGUUGAAACUUUAUAAUACUGUGAUUGAUGAUGUAAUAAAUGGUGUGAAAGAUUCACUGUGUACUGAGGAAGGUGUAGAUGAAGGUGUACUAGAAGAACUAAGACAAAUAUGGGAAUCUAAAUUGAUUCAAAGUAAAGCUGUUGAGUUAAAUGCUGAUCCACCAGAACCACAACCACCUCAGAUAUUAAUAGUUAAUAAAAAUAGUGGAGCCAACAAAGCAGUUACUUCUAGCAAUGCUGCAAAUGUUGGUAAUCAUUUUGCUCAACAACAAAUGCAAGCUAUUUCAUCUACAACUCAGUCACAAUCGCAUCCUCAGCAACAGACACAGCAAAUAGUUCAAAGUCAACCUCAACCACAACCAAUGAGAGUUAUUCCUCCACAGACUGCUAAUGUUCCUAUUCAGCAGCAUGCCACAAUGCCAGUACAACAAGUUGUUUCUGCACCACCACCAGCAUUAUUUGAGAGACCAGUUCCCAUUCAAAUAACAUUACCUGGUAAUGCUAGUACAGGCGAUGGAAAACCUAAAGUCUUAACUAUUCAUGUUCCUGCAUCAGCUAUCCAAGGUAAUCAGUUAGCCACUAUUUUAACGGGGCCUGUGAUAACUGCAGCUAUGGGUUUCCCCGAGAAUGUUGCAUCGAAACUACUUCAACAGCAUGUUGAUAAAACUUUACAGGGUCAAUCAACUAUGCCCAUUGAAAUUAAUCAAGUUAUUACACAGGCAAAUAAUGUUCAGCAACAAAUGCCUGUACAAAAUCAAGGACAAAGUAAUAUUGCUCAACUUGAUGGUCAACAUGGAGACACUUCUGAAGACGAAGAUGAUGAAGAUGACGAAGAUGAUAACGAAGAUGAUGAUGAUGAUCUCGAAAAAGAUGAUGAUGAACAAGAUGAUGCAGGAGCUCGAGAAGAGGAACCACUUAAUUCUGAGGACGACGUCACAGACGAUGAUCCAACAGAUCUAUUUGAUACUGAUAACGUUGUUGUAUGCCAGUAUGAUAAGAUUACGAGGAGUAGAAAUAAAUGGAAAUUUUAUUUAAAAGACGGGAUAAUGAAUUUAAGUGGUAAAGACUAUGUAUUUCAAAAAGCAAAUGGUGAUGCUGAGUGGUGA